GCGACGAACGCCUGGGGCAACGUCUGCGACGACGGCUGGGAGAUCGCCGACGCGGACGUCGUCUGCCGGCAGGUCUUCGGGACGGGCUACCAGGCCUGGUCGGCGACGUCGACGAACUACUUCGGCUCCGCGGACAACGGCGGCAACUUCGUCUACGACGACGUGAGCUGCGGCGGCUCCGAGAACUACCUCGCGGCGUGCGCGUACAAUUCGGCGCACAACUGCGGCAACGGCGAGCAGGCGGGCGUCGUCUGC